GUUUCUCUCAUUUCCUGUUCUGAGAGUGAGUAUGUGACAGUUACUGAAUUCAAAGACAACAGAGGAGGAGAAACGAUAGAGGAGACAUCAGGCUGCUGGGUUCUUUGAACAUUUUCAGAAUCUGAUGGAAGGAUACUGUCUUAUUCUGAAUCCUGCAGUUGAAGUUCAUCCACCAAAAUGGAGAUCCAAAAAGACCUCAGGAUGAGACGACCUCAGAUGGAGAGUUACGACCAAAAGCUGGAACAACGGGCAGCAAAACAUGAGUUCUUGAGAGAUCGCAACAAUGUGACGACAUGUCGCAGCCCAGGACACAAGCUGGAGGCAGACUGGAAGAGUGAGAUGCAGCAGAAAAGACAGAUAGAGUUCCAGAGAAGGAGACAGAUUGUCCAGGCUGCCACUCAUCAGGCUGAUGAAAAGCAGUCAAACAAGGAGACCAAAGUCACGAUGAGGACCAACAGGCAGAGAGUGCCUCUCAUACACAGACAGUCCCUCAUAUCAGCAGAGGAUCUGGGGAUCACCUGGCCAGACGUACACUCCAUCGGGAAGGCGACAUGGAUCACCUCACCACCACUGCAUGGGGCAGGAGGGAAAAACAAAAUAGGGCAGCUCCACUCUGACGUCUCACAGAUAUUCCCUCAAACACCACAGCAGCCCUCACUGAGGAAGAGUAUGGAUAUCAGAGAUAAAGUAGUUAAACAGGACCAGAGUGGCCUAGUAAUGUUAACCAGACAGCUCCAACAAAGGAAUGCCUGCUGUCAGACAGAGCAUGGCUAUAGCACUGUGAAGGAGACAGACAUUGUUCAACUCUCUGAGUAUCUACAGGAGGCUCUGCGGCGAGAGGAUUCUCUGAAACAGAAGCUGUCUCUACUGCAGCACACCACCUCUACUCUACUGCUCUCACAUGACAAUGUUUGGAAGGUCUGUUGCAAAGAGGACAAGAUGAAGGGAAAGAUUGGGGCACUAGAGUCACAGCUGAAGAUCUGUGUGCAGAGGCUGUCCAGGGAUGGAGCCAAGAAGCUGCUGCUACAGUCGGAGCAGCAGAGGCAGGAGCUGGAGGAGAUGGCCGUGGCCUCACUCCAGAGGGUCACUGACCAAAAAAACAAGGCCCAGGACAGAGCUCACAGCCUGGAAAUGGCACUGCAGACUGCCCAGGUUGAGUCAUCACAGUGCCGAGAGCGCUAUGAAGAGGAGAGGAGGAAAUGCACCCAGCUGAGGACGUCUCUGGUGCAGAACAUAGACCAUAUAAACCUAUUACAGAGCCAACUAGAGAAAGUGAUGGGACAGGAUGCAACUCUGGAGAGUCAGCUGCUGCAGCACCGACACACUGAGGCUGAGCUCCACCUCAAGAUCAACCUCCUAGAGGACAACCUCCACACCUGCAGGACACAACUAGAGACAUGGAGACAGCAAGACACCAUGAAACAGCAGGAGAUUGUCAGAGGACAGCAACAGGACUCCAUAGAGCAUUCAUUGGAUGAGCAGUUUCAGCCAGCCAUGUCACACCCCAGCAACAAGAAACAAAGCAUGAUGGAAGCCAAUGUCAAAAGGAGAGAGAGACGUUGUCAUCCCUGGUUCAUCCUGACCCUGUUCGUGGUAGUCAUGAUGGUGGCCAUUUUGACAUUGUUACUGGCCAAUAUCCCCACGACAAAUCAGCUGUGGGACCUUUACCAAGUACUACAGGAACACACAGAGAAGUACCUCUAUGACAUUACCACAGCAUUGCUAUAGGCCCAUAUGACAAGACCUGGGAACUGAUCAAACCUCUGAAGAACUUGCUCUAAAAGGUUUGGGAAAUACAGUAUGUUCUAUGUAUUUUUACAUCACACUGGAUACAAUUUUUUUUUUGCCAUCGUAAAUAUCUUUGCAUCUUGAAGUCAAUUUGUAUUCAUAACCAUGCGUUAUGGUUACUGCCUCUUGUUCAUGCUUACUUGUGGUAUUCGCUCAGUCAAAUACAUGUCCUCAGUAUAGUUGACACAUUUGCCACUUAUAACUGGACAGUAAAACAGACAUUUUAAAUAACUGACCGCUUUGCUAAUUUGACAUUUUUAUUUCAAAAAAAGGAAAAUACAAAUCAUUAGAGGGAAAAAAGAGUUGAGAUCCUUUCUAACAUUAAGAGCACACCCCUUAUACUAUUUUCAUAGGCCAAAACAAAUAGAUUAAAUUCCAUAUAAUGAUAAGUGUAGGAUAUACAUCUGGAAAAUCAUCAACAUUUAAAUGAUUUUCUCUACUAGUAUCUUUAAAUGAUCUUCACAAAAAACUAAGUUAUAGUAAACUGUUCACAUACCUAGCAAGACCAGUUAGAAUCACAUGAAGGAAUGGAUCUCAACAGUCAUGGGCGGUAGGUAGUCUAGCAGUUAAGAGCGGGGAGCCAGUAACUGAAAGGUCGCUGGUUCAAAUCCCGAGCAGAGUAGGUGAAAAAUCUGUUGAUGUGCCCUUGAGAAAGGAGCUUAUCCCUAACUGCUCCUGUAAGUCGCUCUGGAUAAGUGUCUGCUAAAUGACUUAAAAUGCAAAUGUCACAAUGCUACUUUUUCUUUAUAUUGUUUAUAAUAAACUGAUAACUUAAAGUACA